AUGGGUUCUCCCCAUCUUGAUGCUUCACAAAAAGAACUUGAAGAUGGACUAAUGGAAACUGGGAACAAGCUUCUGAAACCCACUUCCUCCAUUGAUGAACUACUCACCCUACUUGAGAAAGCAGAGAACCUUUUACUCAAGGUACGGCAACAGCCUCCCAAAUCAACGGCAGAGGCACUUCUACCAUUGAUGACGGCACUGGUUACUGACGAACUCUCACAGCAUACUGAUGCAAAUGUCCAAGUUUCAGUUGCAUUUUGUAUUAAUGAGCUCACUAGAAUAUCUGCUCCAGAUUCCCCUUAUAAUGAUGAUCGCAUGAAGGGAAUUUUUGGAUUAUUUAUGGUUGCAUUUGAGAAGCUGUCCUGUGAGUCUGGUCGCAAUUAUGAGAGAGCCUUGCAAAUUCUUGAAACUAUGGCCAAUGUCAGGUCAUGCCUGAUGAUGGUUGACAUGGAAUGUGAUGCUCUAAUUGGUGAGAUGUUCCAACUGUUUUUCAUGACCAUUAGGUCCAAUCAUCCCCCUAGUGUUUUCACACACAUGGAAACAAUCAUGACUUUGGUGAUACAAGAAAGCGAUGAAAUCUCAUUUCAGCUUCUGAGUCCCCUUUUAGCCAGUGUAACAAUGAAAAAUAAGAACACUUCUCCCUUUUCCUGGGAGUUGGGAGAAAAGGUCUUUAGAAACUGCACCACCAAACUAAAACGUUACCUAAGAAAAGCGGUGGAGUCAAUGAACCUGAAUAUUGAUGACUAUGCUGAAAUAGUCACUUCUGUAUGCCUGGAUACAUCCAGUAGGAAAAACAAGGUGGCAAAAGAGGUUGUUCUGUCUGAUGAGGAGAUAUCCAACUGUGAGCCGGAAGAUAGCACUCCUGAAACUAAGAUUGAUAAUGGAAAUCUUUCGGAUGAUGAAAGUUCACUGGGGACAUUAAGGAGCUGUCAGCAGGAGCAUAAAAAUAGUGACCUUACAGAAAUACAGCAACAAGAAAGGGACACAGCAUUGGUUCGAAAGAGAAGGGGUAGAAAGCCUAAUUCAUUGAUCAAACAGGAGGAGGGUUAUGAUCAUGCUUGGAUAAAUGAAUGCAAGGAUUUCUUUGAAGUACCCCAUAAUGGUAAAAAUCAAGAAAAAGGUAGCUCACCUAGAAGUUCAUCGUCAAAGGAGUUAGCUUCAUCGACUGAACCUAGAAAGGAUAAAACACGUGAUGUUUUUUGCAAAAAGAGAUCUCGCAGUGAGAAAAUGGGCACUUGUGUAUCUGAAGAUCAUUUGGCAAAUGAUGGACAUUCUCGUAGAAGGGGUCGGCCAAAGAAGAAAGAGAGCAUAACAUUAAAGGACGGAGGGAUUCUCAGUGACACUGACACAGAUGGAAAAGAUGAGUUGUCACUUAUAGGAUUCGAUGGGAGGAAAAAAAUGAAAAAUGUAAUUAUUUCUGAGAAACGUAAAUCUGAAAAGAUUGGAGACAAGAUGGUAGCGUCCCCCUCCGCAUCUGGUCCUGCAAAUGCCAAAUGCAAAAAGAAUUUGGCACCAGAUAAGGAAAAGAAGUCUGGGAGGACCCGUAUUGUUAAAACUUAUGGUGCGGAGUUGGUUGGCACGAAGAUACAGGUUUGGUGGCCAAUGGACAAAACGUUUUACCCGGGCAUUGUUAAAUCUUUUGAUCCUUUAACAAAGAAGCACAAGAUUGUAUAUGAAGAUGAGAUGGAAGAAAACUUGAAUCUGAGUAAAGAAAGAUGGGAACUGGUUGCCAAGUGCCCCCAACUGAAGAAAGAUGCCUAUCUUCCCUCUCCUGCUACUGUGCCUGUCAAGAAUAAAAAAAAGAAGAUAGAAAAACGGAAGGCAGGAUCAUCGACAGAGCAUGAACUUGGCGCCUCCUCAUCUAAAAGUAAAUCUGGAGAGAAUUCUAUAGCAAACGUCAAUUGCAUUCAGGAUGAUCCAAGGGAUGAGACACGUGAAACAAAUGCCUUAUCUAACGACCAUCCAGAUGGACCAAAACAUACAUUUGAGCCAGAGACAGAAACAUCGAUGAGUGACGUAGAACCUAACAACUAG